AUGGUCGAGGAUUUAGAUUAUUUUGAGAAGUAUCCAUGGGGAUCCCUUUCAUUUGAUACAACUGUGAAACAAUUCAAUAGAGAUAUGAAAGCGAUUGGUGGUACAAUACCAGGUAAGAAGGUGAAGAAGAUCAUUGAGGCGGAGUCUUCUAAGGGUUUUAAGGUGGAGGCAAAGUACACUUGCAAGGGGUAUCCACCAGCCUUGCAAUAUUGGGCGUACGAGACGAUUCUUGAUUUACAGAAGGAACACGCCAAGCCCUGUGGAUUCAAGUUCCCUAGGAUGCUACAGUGGGAGAGCAUAGGCCAGCCGAAGCAUUUGCAUUUGAAGGAUGUACUUGCGAGGAGACAUUUGUCAUGCAUUUCUAUCCUAAGGCCUCGACCAAAUGAUCGAGACUUCUUUGAUGCCGUAUAUCAGAGGACAGAGGGGGAUGCUCCUAGGUAUGCGAUGCUGCAGAAUAUGAUCCAGCCUGCACCAGAGGAUGGAAGACCUUACGAUCCUGAGGCAGAGGCUGUUGCGGUGGCUGAGAUAGCCGUUGAGGCUGGCAUAUUUGUGGAGGAUGCCCCGACAGAGUCUGCUCCAGAUACUAGUACAGAACCUACUUCUGCUCCUGCUCCUGCUCCUGGGGCUUAUGAGGAGGUGUUGGGUGAGAUAGCCAGACUAUCAGGUGCAGUGGACGAUGUUAAGGCCACUCUAGGUAUCGUCCUUAAAAAUCAAGAAGUCAUAUUAGAGAAGCUGGCAACACUAGGUAGUAUACCUACUCCUGCACCUACUCCUGCACAUACUCAUGCACCCACUCCAACAGAUGAUGUAGAGUACGACAUUCUCCCCUCAUGUUACGAGCCUUCUGUUGGAGAAGCCACACCUUCUCAGCCAGUGCAGACGGUCUUAGGUAAGCGUACUAGACAGAGACCAGUAAGGUACGAGGAAUAUACUCCAGCAGCCAAGAAACCAAAGUUCAAGGACCCAGUUACGAUCCUUCCUUUAAAGGUGUUGGAUCAAGAUAUGUUGACAACUUUUAACCGAUGGGUACUCGGUGAGAUUGAUAACAGCAGACCGAGGAAGUUGGAAUGUUGUGAUGGGACCCCUGUUUGGUUCUUGAAGUUGAAGGUGGCAAAAGAAUGGUUGGCAGAAACUCAUCUCGACGCUGCGAAUUAUCUUAUACGGAGACGUCUUUUUGAGUUGCCGAAGACGUACCCCGUGAAAGCCACCGUACUUGAUUCAUCAUUUGCACAAUAUAUUCCUGCCAGAUACGAGGAAUUCAAGAAAAAUGGCAGGACUUACCAAUGGGACUCGGACAUUCUUGAUUUCCUGAAGGGAGAUGCCAAAAAGUACAAGAAGCCUUGGGGUGAUUGCAACGAGGUCUACUUCCACUGGUGCAUGGAAAAUUGGCACUGGGUCCUUUGCGAAAUAAAUUUCGCUGAUUGGAUGAUCACUGUAUUUGACUCAGAUCAUUCUAACUUUAGCCAUAAUAAGUUGUCUGAGUUGAUGGAGCCUUGGACUAGGAUGCUUCCAUCUUUACUCAACGCUUCUGGUAUGUUUAAAGGACACCCCAAGUUAAAAAUAGCUAGACCGAAGAUCACCGUUCCAAACUUUGAUUGGCAGCGCAUGUCCACUGAUAUUGUCCCACAGUCUAGAACCAGCGGAGAUUGCGGUGUAUUCGCCAUCAAACACUUGGAGUUCAUUCUUGGAGACAUUCCCUUAUCAUAUGCCAUCGAGGACAACAUUCAGUACUUCAGGGAUAAAUUAUGUAUUGACAUUUUUUAUGAGAAUGUGUACCCUUGA